CCAUUCAUACGACUGGCACUCCGUAAGACAUGGGCAAAGAAGAUUCACAACGUUCUGCCAACCAUCCCGUAACAGUCACCCCCCACAUAUCUUCCACGCACGAUCUUAUCCAGCUUCCGCUACCUAACACAAUCUCGCACAAUAAUGCCCGUUCCGGCGCCUCGUUUGCAGUCCGUGUGACGAUAGGGACCCUUAUCCUUCUCUGGACCCUCUUCAAUAUUGACGUUGUAACAUCUCCCUUCAGACAAAACCCUUCUAUAGACUCUCUCGAUGACUCUUCAGCGGCUGGUUAUCUCCGUGGUAUCGCGACAAAGAGUAUGAAAUGGGCAUUGCCGGCACCGAACCAUCAACUUCACAGUACAUAUGGUGAUCUGGAAAGUACGGAGAUAGGAGAAGAAGGCAUCAAGAUGUCCCUUAUUCCUCCAAAGUUGGCCGAAAAGAUCUUCUUAGAUGUUCCAAGCAACGAUAGCGUCGCUGCAGCUUCGAAGAGGUAUACUGGAUAUGCCCAUCCUGCAGGUUCUGGAUACGACUACGCCUCCGCUCUUACAUUGAAGAAUGAAUGGGAAAAGGAGCUGGGCUUGCGAGUGUCAGGUCCACAGGAGUUUAUCUACGAUGCCGGAAGUCCAGAAAGCCAAGCUCGAGUGAAGAACGGCAUGGACAAACUUGGUGUUUGGAUUGAUACGUACUAUCCGGUCAUGAACACUCCCGUCUAUGCUGCAGCUACGCUUCUAACGGAUCCUCCGUUCCAUGCCAAGCUCCGCGAAGACAUUGUAGACGGAGAUUCUGAUUCCGAGCUUCGAGAUGAGGUUCCCGUUUUCCAUGGAUUGUCAGUCAGCGGGGAUGUCAGGGGGAAUUUUGUGUAUGUCGGGUAUGGCCGCAAAAAAGAUUUUGAUCUUCUCAAACAGAGAGGGGUUGAUAUCGACGGUAAGAUCGUUUUAGCCAAGUAUGGAGGCUGUUUCAGAGGUUUGAAAGUCAAAGCGGCUCAAGAAGCCGGUGCUACUGGAGUGAUCAUCUUUACUGAUCCAGGAAAUGAUGGCGAGAUUACCGAAGAAAAUGGCUAUGAGGUCUAUCCUAAGGGGCCAGCCAGGCAACCUAGUAGCGUGCAAAGGGGCAGUGUGCAAUUCCUCUCCAAGUACCCUGGUGACCCUAGUACCCCAGGGGAACCAGCUUACAAGAACGCUUCCCGCCUCGAGGGGGGUAAUCAACCAUCUAUACCAUCGAUCCCCAUGUCUUAUGAGGACGUCAUUCCGUUCCUCAAAGCACUUGAGGGCAAGGGUAUACAUGCUUCUGACUUGGGGCCAGAUUGGGUUGGAGGUUUGGGUUAUCAUGGCGUUGAUUACUACAUUGGUCCCAGUGAUGUGGAUCUGCAUUUGGUCAACGAAGUCAAUACCAGAGUUAUGCCCAUUUGGAAUACAAUGGCUGUCAUCCCAGGCCACAUAACGGACGAAGUGAUCAUUCUUGGUAAUCACCGAGACGCAUGGGUGCUUGGAGCCUCCGAUCCUAACUCAGGUACGGCCUCUCAAUUCGAAGUCAUACGUGGCCUAGGUACCCUUUUGAGGAAAGGUUGGAAGCCCCUCAGGACAAUUAUGCUUGCCAGUUGGGAUGCGGAAGAAUAUGGGCUAAUCGGUAGUACCGAGUGGGCUGAAGACUUCGGAGACUGGCUGCAGACGAACGCUGCUGCUUAUCUCAACAUGGACAGCUCUGCAUCCGGAAGCAACUUCCACGCAUCCGCCUCUCCUUCCCUCGCCCUUCUCGUCCGAUCAGCGGCUGAAGAAGUAGAAUCAAGCUCAAGCCCUUCUAAAUCAGUGUUCGACACCAGAUUUGACGCCGGCAAUUGGGAACAAUUCAACAUGGAAAAGCUUGGGAACCAUGUUGGCCUGGGGGUUCCACUGUCGGAAAAGAAAGGGUCUGGGAUCGGCGCUUUAGGUUCUGGAUCUGACUUUACUCCCUUUCUUCAACGAUACGGUAUUGCUUCGAGUGAGCUUGGGCAUAAGGGUGGUCCUAAAGACGCUGUGUAUCAUUAUCACAGCAUUUACGAUUCAUUCACUUGGCAAAAGAAGUUUGGAGAUGUCGGUUUCCAUCGACAUACUGAUGCAGCCAAGGUCAUUGGCUUAUUGCUUUUGCGUCUGGCUGAUGGACUGAUCUUACCUCUCAAUACCACCCAGUACACCCGCGAUCUCGAGUACUAUCUUGAAAAGGUCCAGGAUGUCAGCAAAAUUGAUCUGAGGACUUUGGAAAUUGAUUUUGAACCGCUUGCUGAUGCUAUCGAAGCUGCCCAGACUGCUUCAGGUGAACUGGACAAGCAACGGCAUAAGGCACUAAAGAAGCUUCAUAAGUUGAUAGGAAAACCCGCGCAUGGCAAGUACGGUAUCUUCAAGACAAUGUUACGUGGAUGUGGGUGGAGAGUUGAAGAGGGUAAAGAAGUCGAUUACAGUUUGCAGACCUGGGAGGAAGGUCCAAAAGAGGGAAUCUCCUCCUUUCCGCACCCUAGGCUUCCUUUCCCAUUACCUACUCCAGGAAGGAUUCGUGAAAUUAAGAAGGUCUUGAAAGAGAUUAGGAUCAUCAAUAGGAAGCUGCAGAACUUUGAGUCCGGUUUCCUUUCACAAGAUGGUUUAAAGGAUCGAGAAUGGUAUAAGCAUAAGGGAACGGCCCCAGGUCUUUGGCUUGGCUACGGUGCCACAACUUUUCCUGCUCUCACUGAAGCUAUUACUAUUGACCACUCCCCUAAGUUGGCGCAGAAAGAAGUCCAUGAGCUAGCGAAAAUGAUAAACAAGAUUGCUAAGUACCUUGUGGCUUGAAUGGGAUCAGCUGUUUUUUGCUCUUAAUAUGUUAGCUAUAUGUUACCGCCGAAUAAAUCACUUUACAGAUAAAUGAAGGCCUAGUAGCCUCUUCUGAAUAAAUGCAACCGUGACAGGAAUUUUCUGAAUGC